AACAUGACGUAAUUGUCCGUUGUUUUGAUUUUCUCUCUUCCUUCACUGUUGACUUCACUGAUGAAAUUAAUUCUUGAAAUUUCACGGAUAAGAAGUUUAAGAAGCAUGGUGUCGUUGUUUUGAAGUGUGAUCAAGGGUAAAAAAAUGGAGGACCUUCAAGUUGAUUUAUCUACUGUUUUAUCUCAAAAAGAGGCAAAACAUAAGAAAAAAUCUGGUGGUUUUCAGUCAAUGAACUUGAGUCAAUGUCUUUUGAAGUCUAUUUUAAGAAAAGGUUAUAAGGUCCCUACUCCAAUUCAAAGAAAGGCUAUACCCGUCAUCUUAGAUGGAAGAAAUAUUAUAGCCAUGGCUAGAACUGGUAGUGGAAAAACAGCUGCUUUUCUAAUUCCUAUGUUUGAGAGACUAAAGAGUAGAAUUGCAAAAUCGGGAGCUAGGGCGCUUAUUUUUUCACCUACCAGAGAACUGGCUGUUCAAACAAUGAAAUUCACCCGAGAGCUUGGAGCAAACACAGAUUUGAAAACGACGCUGGUUCUUGGUGGAGAAAAGAUUGAAAAUCAAUUCGCUGCCAUUCAUGAAAGUCCAGAUAUAAUAAUCGCUACUCCUGGGCGUUUUCUUCAUUUAGUGCUCGAAAUGGACUUGAAGCUAUCUUCCGUGGAAUAUGUCGUCUUUGAUGAAGCUGACAGGCUGUUUGAAAUGGGAUUUCAAGAACAACUACAAGAAGUGCUUCACAGGUUGCCUACUGAACGACAGACUUGUCUAUUUUCUGCUACAUUACCAAAAAUUCUUGUUGAUUUUGUGAAGGCUGGCGUUGAAGACCCUGUUUUGAUAAGAUUAGAUGUAGAUUUGCAAAUUAGUGAAAACUUAAAGAGUUCCUAUCUGAUCUGUCGAAAUGAUGACAAAACUGCCAUCCUCUUGCAUCUUUUGAAGAAUGUUAUUGAUAUCAAUAAAGAAUUGACUGUUGUUUUUUUGCCUACCAAGCACCAUGUGGAACAUGUGAAUGAUUUGCUGGAGAAAUCUGAUAUACCGUGCAGCUAUAUUUACAGUAGCUUAGACCAAAUGGCUCGUAGCAUUCACAUUGCCAAGUUCCGUGCUAAAAAGGCAUGUGUCCUCCUUGUCACGGACAUUGCUGCUCGUGGAAUCGAUAUACCUCAUUUGGAUAAUGUAAUCAACUUCAAUUUCCCUGCAAAACCAAAGCUUUUCGUUCAUAGAGUUGGAAGAGUUGCUCGAGCUGGACGUAGUGGAACUGCAUUUUCUCUUGUUUCUUCUGAUGAGGUGCCUUUUUUGCUAGAUUUACAUUUAUUUUUAGGGAAACCUAUCAAAAUGGCCAAACUUCAUAUGGAAAAUGAAGGUGACAUUUGUGGGUCUGUGCCACAAAGCGUCAUUGACGAUGAAGCGGAUCUCCUUCAAUCCUGGUAUCAGCUGACACCUGAGCUAUCAAGCAUGCUUAAAGUCACUAAGAAUGCUUACUGCCAGUUCUUGAAAUCUAGACCGGCUCCCUCAUCAGAGUCCGUGAAGCGUGCUAAGAAUUUUCCUUUGUCGUCGUUAGAAAUUCAUCCUAUUUUCAAAAGUAAAUACAUUUCAACUUAUAUAAUAGAAUUAUUACUAUAAAGCCAAAAUUAUAUG